GCCGCCCUGCCCUCGCCCGCCGUACCUGUUUCCCCGCCGCCUCACGCAGUGUGUGGUUCUCCUGCAGGGCCGAGGGAGGACGACGCCCGCCAUGAGCUCGUCGGCGCUGCUGGCCGAGGGCCCCCUCGACCCUCCGGUGCUGCUGGCGGACAUCAAGACGGAGCCCCCCGAGGAGCUGCUGGCCAGCGACUGCGGCCAGCCCCAGGCGGAGCCCGUGGAUCUCUCUCUCAACAAGUCCAAGGUGGCAGCAGCAACCUCCGCCCCCCCCCCGCCGCCUCCUGUCUCGGUGCAGUCCUCCCCGUUGCUGAUGGCUCCUCCGCUCCCUGCUCCCGCCACCGUCUCCAUCUCCCCCUCCGGGCUCAGCUCCACCUCGGCCAUCCCAGCGGUGCUGUCGCCCGGCUCCAUCCUGGCCUCCACGCAGGGCAGUGGUGGGCAGCAGAUCCUCCACGUCAUCCACACCAUCCCCUCCGUCAACUUGCCCAGCAAGAUGGGCAACCUGCAGACCAUCCCCGUGGUGGUGCAGUCCCUCCCUGUCGUCUACACCACCAUGCCCACCGAUGGGGUCACCGCCAUCACUGUGCCCCUCAUAGGGGGGGACGGCAAGAACGCUGGGUCUGUGAAAAUUGACCCGGGCUCCAUGUACCCCAUGGACAUGAACAGCGACAGCGAGGACAGCGCCUCCGAGAGUGGCCCGGCCCCUUUCCAGGACCUCCAGAGAGAGCCGGUGGCACGGGCACAGCGAGCAGAGUCCCCCGACCUGAAGAAGCGGCGCAUCCACCAGUGCGACUUUGAGGGCUGCAAUAAGGUUUACACCAAAAGCUCCCAUCUCAAAGCUCACCGGCGGAUACACACAGGCGAGAAGCCGUACAAAUGUACCUGGGAAGGAUGCACCUGGAAGUUCGCCCGCUCCGACGAGCUGACCCGGCACUUCCGCAAGCACACGGGCAUCAAACCCUUCCGCUGCUCGGACUGCGACCGCAGCUUCUCCCGCUCUGACCACCUUGCCCUGCACCGCCGGCGGCACAUCAUGAUGUGAGGAGCCCCCGUCCCCGGGGCUGGGACUGAGGGGAAAGUGGUGGAAAAUGGGGGUGCAUCCCCCCCUGCUCCUCUGUGUGCGAUGGAAGAACUGCAGGAGCAGAGAGGCCGAAGUCUGCCUGGUAGGGAGAGAACUGUGGCAGCUUCAGGACCCCCGCUGACACAAGAUGCACAAUGGUGGCUUCCAGACUGAUCCUCCUCCUCCUCCUGUGCUCCUGUUUCUUUUUCCUGGCCUUCUCCCCACACACAACAUCCAGAGGCUCCUCCUUGACUCGUCACCCAGGAUUCACCCAGCAGUUGCCUCUAGACCUGCACAUCGACCUCUUGCCCUCUUCCACCUCAUGUGCUUGCUGUCCUUGCCCCUCUCCCAGUCGCUGUGAGCAAAACCUGGAAACCAUGGCAAGGACAGAGGUGAGGGCUCUGCUAUUGCCCCUGUGCAGUAGCCUCUUUCCUGAAAGUUGCUGCUUUUCCAUUCCCAGCCGCUAUGUGUCCCUGUCCCAGCAGGAGAAGGGACGUGGCCCGUCGCCUCUCUGCAUCUCUUGGCAUGUGCUGGGCUUCAGCGGAGGUGCCCAGGGGCACGCAGGAACAGAAAAAGCAAGAAAGGGGAGGAAAAUCCACCACAACAACCCAACAUCACCCCCCAAAUGAGAUUGCCACCACCAAACACAAAGGGAAACUGCGGAACGUUGAACUGUGAUUUUAUGGAGUUUUAAAGGGGGUGGGAUGGGGGGCGCUGCAGCAUUUGGGGGUUUUUUUUGAAGACUAUGGGACACUUGAACCAUUUCUAAGUUAAAAAGGCAGACUGUGGCCACACA